GUUUCGGCAGGGGCUGUAGGGGUGGCGGCGAGGGAGUGGGCGCUGCAGGCGGGCCGAAAAGGCCGCGGUGCAAUAAACACCGCGUUCCGUGCAAAAUUAUGGUUCUUCAAGGCAAGAGAUAUUGGGAGUGCGGUGAGAACCUCGACAAUAUGUGCGACCACUUCGAGUCUGCGGGCGGCGUGACGGAGGAGGACGAUUCCGGUGAGGCUUUGGAUGCUUCAGCGGGUACCGCUGGUGCCGCCGCGAACGGUGUUGGCGUUGUUUCCGUGAGCGCUGCAGGCGGCGGCAUGGGGAUGGGAGACGGAACCGCCACAGGGGGUGCUUCUGCUGCCUCGGGUGCUCCUCGUGCCGUCACGAACGGUGCUGGCGGAGUUGCUUCCGUGGGCGCUGCAGGCGGCGGCAUGGGGAUGGGAGACGGAACCGCCACAGGGGGUGCUUCUGCUGCCUCGGGUGCUCCUCGUGCCGUCACGAACGGUGCUGGCGGAGUUGCUUCCGUGGGCGCUGCAGGCGGCGGCAUGGGGAUGGGAGACGGAACCGCCACAGGGGGUGCUUCUGCUGCCUCGGGUGCUCCUCGUGCCGUCACGAACGGUGCUGGCGGAGUUGCUCCGUGGGCGCUACAGGCGGCGGCACGGGGAUGGGGANUUCCGUGGGCGCUGCAGGCGGUGGCAUGGGGAUGGGGGACGGAACCAUGGUCAUUGGGGGUGUUGCUGCCGGCGGCGACAUGGGGGGGGCUCACGGAGCCUCCGCCGCAGGAGUGCGUCUGCUGCCGCGGGUGCUUCUCGUGCCGUCACGAACGGUGCUGGCGGAGUUGCUCCGUGGGCGCUACAGGCGGCGGCACGGGGAUGGGGAACGGAACCAUGGCCGUUGGGGGUGUUGCUGCCGCCGCGGGUGCCCAUCGAGCAAACACAAGAGCUCUUGCUUGGGAAGCCAUCACGAACCAAUUCCCCAACGGUGGCUAGGUGGCGGGUGCAGCUGCAGCAUACAUGGCCGCUUUCGCAGCCCAAAAACCAGCCGACUCUAGGUUGACGGCAACACGUACGCCGAGCACGUUUGUGCGAGUUUUGCGCGACGUGUUUCCUCGGGCGGUGGUUUUGUUUAAGGAAAAAGGAAUGUUGCCGCGGUAUUUGUGUACUUAUGUUGAGCCGCGGUGAUCGUCAGUGGCUUCGCUUGAAACGCCUGCUGUGAGAAGUGUUCAAGUAUGAGUUAGAAGGUCGAGCGAGAAGGAGAACACAUUGUCUCUCUCUCUUUUUCUUACUUUGUUUGGCAAUGGCAAGGGGAUGACUUCCACUGCACAGAUUUACUGGUGGUUCAAUUUUCCUGAAUACGCCUUCCUCUCUGCACGGAGUACUAUUCAACGGUAACGUUUUCUCCAACGUUGGACACUUUUGUUUUCGACCGAAAUGUCGCGCAAGGCUGUUAGGAUUUUCAGAGAUGGGUAACCACCUCCUGCCUAUGUAGUCUCUGCGGGAGAAGGUUCCCCCUAUUUUCUGGUUAGGAAUGUCGAGGAUUCAGUGCUUCCGACUCGUGUCGGUACAUUGCUUGCCAGUGGGUUAAUGGUUUGUUGUGGGGAGCUUGUUGGUGAUUGAUGCACUUGUUAUUGUGAACAGUAUUGUAAAUGAACCGGCGUUUACCGGCUGGAAGGUAACGUCAACAUUUACGCAGUUGGGUACUUCUGCCGUAUUCCAAAGGAAGGUUGAUCCCAUGUCGAUGUUUCCUGA